UACGACUUCUCUCCCUUUCCCGUUGCCUCUCUCCUCUCUCCCUCCCUCCCUCUCUCUCAGUACCAAGCGCAAGGCAACGACAGCAGCAGUAGCAGCAGCGAAUUCAUCCAUCCAUUAAAGAAUUCCCCUUCUAUUUCUAUAUCUCUCUCCUUCUAUUCUUCUUUCCUUCCGAUUCUAGGGUUUCUUCUUCCUCUCGAACAUCAAGAAAUCGAACGCCACCAUCAGUAAAGGGUUUCGAACCCUAUUCUAGGAUUUCGAUCCGGAGAUCGUUCAAGAAGCGGAAAAAAAUGGCGGAUUUCCGGCAGAAGGACGCCGAUCUGGAGUUCCGGAGAGGCCUGGAGGAGCUGGUGCGCGGCCACCUCGACGGCUGCAUGACCGCCUUCUCCUCCUCCCGCGGUGGUGUCGAGGAGGAAGGCGCCUCUGGCGACGGAGGACCAGACCAGCUCGUCCGUCGCCGCCGGCGAUCGGAUUUGGUGGGAGACGACCUCGCCGAGUCCUCUGCCGCCGCGCGGCGGCACUCCCGGAUCCUCAGCCGCUGGGUCGCCCGCCAGGCUGAGGAGAUGAUCACCACCAUCGAGCGGAGGAAUCGGGAGUCCGAGCUCAUGGCCCUCGCGGGGCUUCACACGGUUUCUAUGCUUGAUUCGUCCUUCCUCCGAGAGUCCCGGCUGUCGCCCUCGUCGGUGGAGCGGCCGGUGGCGGCGCGGGCGCCGUCGAUCCUUCAGAUGUGGAGGGAGCUCGAGGAUAUGUCAGCCCCCACGGAGCGGAGAAGCGCCGCCCCCGCCCUUGAGGCGGGCAGCCGAAACCGGGCUGAGAGCCGGGAGCGGGAACUCCGUGGCAGCUCGGAGGAUGCGAGCGAGAGUGACUAUACUGGCUACGAUCGUUGGGCUCGUGGAACUAUAGGUUCGACGGGAAGACCGGGCGAGGAGGAAGAGGAGGAUCGGGGGUCUAGCAGGGAGCAGUCACCUGAUAUUGGGGAUGGCGAGAGGGAGAGGGUGAGACAGAUCGUUAGUGGGUGGAUGACGGAGAACGGGAUGGGAGAGGCAGAGUCGAGAGUUUCUCCGAGGAAUGAAAGCCCGACGGAUGAAUGGCUUGGUGAGAUCGAAAGGGAGAGAGUGAGGUUGGCGAGGGAGUGGGUGCAGAUGGUGAGCCAGCAGAGGGAUGCCCGGGAUAGCAGGACGGUGGACAGGGAUCGUGAUGGGUCUGUCACGGAUCUGGAGGAAGGGCAGCCGGAGCAUCUGAGGAGGGAUUUGCUGAGGCUUCGAGGCCGGCAAGCUCGCCUGGAACUGAUCAUGAGGGUGGCGAGGGAGAGGCAGAGGGAGCUUCAAAGCUUGUCAGAGCAUCGGGUAGUUUCAGAAUUUGCUCACCGCAAUCGAAUUCAGUCGCUCCUCCGAGGUAGAUUCUUAAGAAAUGGAGGACCUAGUGAGGAGAGGCCACCUUCAGUGGCAGCACAAGAAUUAGGUCAGCUAAGACAACGCCAUCCUGUCUCUGGUUUGAGAGAGGGAUUUCACUUCGGGCUAGAGAAUAUUGUUCGUGGUCAAGCAAUCAACCGGUCUGAUACUUCAGCUACUCAAAACAUGACUGUUUCUAGAAAUAAUCGAUCUCAACUGAGCACUGGGGUGGAGCUACUGAAUGAUAACCAUGAACAGUCCCAACUUAGGAGUGAGAAUAUUGAUAUUCAUCAAUCAACAGAGACACAUGAAACAGCUGGGUUGGAAAACAGCAUGCUUAAUGAAAUUGUGGACAUGCAAGAAUCAGCGAAUCAAGUGGAGAAUUGGCAGGAAGAAGAUAUAGAACAUGAGAGAAGAGAAUGGCAACAGUCUACUGAAGGUGGUUACAGUGAUUGGCAUGAAGAGACUGGCGAAGAAUCUGAUGAGAACUGGCAUGAAAAUAUGGAACAAGAAUGGUCGCGUGAAUCACCAGAAGAUGAAGAUGGAGAAGACAGUCAUCUCCUGGAAGUACACGAGGAGUGGCAUGAGGAUGAAUCUCAUGAAGAUGAUGAGCAUUCAGAUCCUCCAAGAGGUCAACGGCCCAUUCCUAUUAGAAGAGUCAAUAGAUUUAAUCUGCCUGAUGAUGAUAAUGUGUACAGCAUGGAACUAAGAGAACUCUUAAGCAGGAGAAGUGUUUCUAAUCUUCUUCGCAGUGGGUUUCGUGAAAGUUUAGACCAGUUGAUACAAUCCUAUGUUCAACAGCAGGCCCGUGCUCCCCUUGAUUGGGACCUGCAUAGAACUUUGCCUACCACCACUUUACCAGAGGAAAAUCAGGACCAGCACAGGGAUGAUGCAGAUCAGGAUCUUCAGGAUUCUGUUCCCAGGCCUCCUCCUGUGCUACUACCUCCACCUUUUCCACCUCGACAACCACUAUGGCACUCAGCACUGCAUCAUAGUAAUUGGACUAGACAGAGCCUGCAUCGUUCAGAAAUUGAAUGGGAUAUUAUUAAUGAUUUGAGGGCGGACAUGGCUAGGCUUCAGCAAGGGAUGAGUCACAUGCAGAGAAUGUUCGAGGCUUGCAUGGAUAUGCAACUAGAACUGCAACGUUCGAUCAGGCAGGAAGUUUCUGCAGCUUUGAACUGCUCUGCUGGAGGACAAGGCCAUGUUUGGACGGCGGAUCAGCUUAUACAUAUAGGUGGGAGGUUUGAAGCGCGAUGGGAUGGAAUGAUGAGAAAGGGUGAGCGAGGAAUUAUCUCAGGAUGGAUCCAAAUGGAGCCAAGUGAGGAAAGGGACUUGUUGUGUCUGCUGCGACAGUCAUAUUGAUUCCCUUCUGUACAGAUGUGGGCACAUGUGUACCUGUUCAAAAUGUGCUAAUGAGUUAGUUCGAGGUGGAGGCAAGUGCCCACUAUGCCGUGCACCCAUUGCCGAGGUGAUCCGAGCCUAUUCUAUACUGUAAAAUAAUGCCAGACCCUCAAGUUUUCUCGGUGGGAACUACCUAAUGGGUUCUUGCAUCUUGCCUAUAUAAUUGUUCUUUUUUUUUUGUUUCAUUGCCUAUAUAACGUUUUUGGAACGUUGACAUGUUUCGAGUGGAGUAACAAAUGGCACCUUAUGUAUGUCACAAACAAAUAUCUAAUGAAAUUCUUUCGUUUUAUGUAUUUGGAGGAUGA